AUGUCGGCCUCUUCGAUCCGUAACAUCAAGUCCGUGGUACCGCUGCUUGACCGCGUUCUUGUGCAGCGCUUCAAGCCGGAGUCCAAGACUGCUUCGGGCAUCUUCCUCCCGUCGUCGGCCAACUCUUCCCCGUUGCCGGAGGCCUCAGUGAUUGCCGCUGGCCCUGGUGCGCCUGACAAGGAUGGCAAAGUCGUGCCGACCAGCGUACAGGCGGGUGACAAGGUCCUCCUUCCGUCCUGGGGCGGUAACUCGAUCAAAGUGGGCGAUGAGGAAUACCUCCUGAUCCGUGACUCGGAGAUCCUGGCUAAGAUCCAGGAGUAA